AUGACUGGCUUGAUAGAAAAACUCAAUACUAUGGCCGAAACCCGUCAACUAUUGCAAGCAUGUGACAAACUCAGGAAUAAAGUUGAGACAACUUUUGACUUGGCAGCUCGUCUCGUGCUCUCGGGUCAUCAAGCAAUAGCCUUGAGGCUAGGGGUCGAUCUCAAAUUGAUCAAUGCGAUAGCCACUAAGGUCGAUCGGUAA